AUUCGCGUAAGUCUUUGAGCAUUGUGACCCACUCCAGAUGGUAUAAAAGGAGCUCGCUUCCAUUAUUUCUGGCAGAUAUCCUCCCAAGCUCUCAAGCAUAUUGAUAAUUCCAUUACCGCUUGGCUGAUCAAUCCCGACUCAAACGCCGACUUUCCAGAAUGUCUCCUCAAAUCUGUCUUCCUAUCCUGGCUGCUGUCCUUGUCGCAUUGGCCGCAAGCCCAUCGGAAGCCAACCCCAUUAUCUAUGGAAGUAUGACGUGUCACAAUCGCAGCGAUGUUAACCAGAUCCUGCAUCAGGAGGACUACACCAAUGGCUUCUUUGCUUUUUUCCAGUUCGGACGCGACACAGCCAGCCAUGAGUAUUACCCGAACAUGGAGUGUAACUUGGAUUACAGCGCCAUUGGUGGUCGUCCGGUGAGCGUCAUCUUCCAUCCAUGUACCCUGCCUAUUGGAAAUACAUGCAGUCAGGAUUCAUUGACGGUCAGCACUGCUGCAUCCAAUCCACACACUGUGGUCUGCUCCGACGAUCCAGCUGCUGACCCAGGCGUGAUCGAUACUGGUGAUUCCAGCAUGUCCAUCAAGUUCCUCACUGACGCGAGUGGGCAGACUGUGGGCUGCGCCGGGUCCCUGUGGGGCGUCCCGCCAUCAUAAGAAGAGAAGGGUGCUCAAAGACAUGGCCGUAACUCUGCAUUGUUGAGAACGAGGACGUCCUGACAUCCAAGCAUCAAACUGCCUUAGCGUAGAUCACCAAACGUAGUAUAUUUGAAAAUCAAGAUGUGCAUGAUCUCGUACUAAUGCUACACAGCCCUUUGUAAUUCACUCUGCCUCGCUUCUACUAAUCGUUAUACAUGAUUGUAGUAUCCCUGUUUUGGCAUUGUUGCAUCAUUGCAUGCUCUGAGUUUGAUCUUGGCCGAAGUGAGGGAGAAUCUUACUUUGCUUCCAAAUUCUAUAAUAAUUAUUAUGGUUAUUUGGCAAGCUAAGUGAGGAGUUCUGACCCAUUGUCUUUUAUAUAAUUCCUUAACCAGUGUCCAGCAGAAUUCAGAAUUUACCAACCUAUAAGUUCCUCUCCUAUCUUCACAGCUCGCUAAAUUCGUUAUUAUCAUCAGUGCGUGUUCGUCAUCACAUUAUCAUACAUGGGCUGUUGAUCAUCUAAUCAUCACAGUCCUUAUUCCUAAAAUCUCUGAACAAAAUGCUAAUAAAGUCUGUCAUCCUGACUCA